UGUGCAGGAUUCCUGAUCCGGGAGGACGUGGUGAUGACGGCGGCUCAUUGUUACGUCAGGUUCAGGGAUUUAAACAAAAUAUCUGUGGUGCUGGGAGCUCACAACGUUCGGAAACCAGAAGCAAACUCACAGAAGAUUGACGUGCGUCACCAGAUUGUCCACCCGAAAUACAGGAGGAAAACUAAACACAAUGACAUCAUGCUGCUGCAGCUGACUCAAAAAGCCAAGCUGAACGACCAAGUGCAACUUAUUGGCCUGCCUGCAAAAGGGGAAGCAGUGCAACCGGGAACCGUGUGCCGUGUGUCUGGCUGGGAAGGCAGAAGCCUGUGGAACUGGAAGUCCUUGAAUGUGCUGCUGGAGGUGGACCUGCCGGUGCGGCGUGAUCGAGUCUGCGAGAAGGCUUUCUACACGUAUGCUGCCCGGGUGCAGAUGUGUGCCGGGGACUCCUCCAGCAAGAAAUCAGCUUUCAGAGUUGAUUCUGAGGGAGCACUGGUGUGCAACGGGACAGCCCACGGCAUCCUCUCCUACGGACCCCGAAGAAGGACCUUCCCUCAAGUGUUUGCAAAAGUCUCCAGUUUCAUUCCCUGGAUUGAGAGUGAGCUUAAAAAGCUCAAGCCCUAGGCUUGAGCUACCAACAUCUACCAACAUCACCCAAUUUUUCCAUCGCCCUGCACCUCCCCAGCAGAGACGAAUCAGACCAGAGUGAGAAACCAAGCAGCAGUCCAGCAAGAGACUAAGAACUUAAUUCAACAGCAAUAAAUAAUGAUUUCAGAAAGGAAACAACAAUAACUUGGAAAUGAAACAACAAUUUGAUACCAAAUAAUGUUUCACUUGAACCUACGCAGAAUUCAAACUCACAGCAUUGUGAAAGUAAAUUACAUCAUGGAAUAAAAAUAAGGGCAAUUUUCACUUCAACACAAUAAAUCUGUAAAUCAAUUGCAAACUGGAACUUUCAAAAAACAAAAUCAAACCAAAUUCACUCAAAUGGCACGAAAACCACCCUAAGCCCUUUCAGCUUCCUAGUACAGCCAUGGGGUGGCAAUAGAGAUCUCCAGUGCUUUCCGUGUCCAAAUGGUGGGGGAAAAUCAGAUGAGAGGCUGCCUUUCUAAGACCUGAGCUUGCUUAUAUGCCAAUCAAUUAACCGACAGUGUGCUGGAAGCAAGUGCCCUGAGUUCAGAGCCUUGCUCUUUUCCAUUGUCACCCUUUCUUUUCCCCUCUGCCUCUGUGCUACUGGUUAAUUAGACUUACUGCUUUU